AUGGGAUUCCAGUACAAUAAAACCAUCUCCGGCAUCACAAUGGUGCCGACAUCUGGUAAUAACGUUUUCUUCUCGACAAUCUUUUACUACUACAUUGCGAAUCUACCUACAGAGCCGACAGCACCGAUCACAGGCAUCCCGCCAACAACUGUUGUCGCGAGCCAAAUUCCUACGGCAUUGAAUACUGCAUCAUCUGAAAAUUGGCUUCCAAGUAUAACACCGACGAUACCUCAAGUAACAGAAACUCCCCAGGCAAAGGUUGGAAACUCCAAUUCUACCCUGACGUGGGUUAUUGGUCCCGCUCUUGGGUUUGCCGUGCUUGUGGCACUAGGUCUUCUUCUAUGGCUUUACCUCAGGUCCCGAAAGGUUGAAGAGCCCGACAUGUAUGAUUCCGAGGGGGGGAAACACAAACCUCCUAGCAAGACCCGUUUACCUUUGAAAUCCGCCCUGAAGCCCAUCCGGAGAUCGCCUUCCAGCCUACGCCGCCUCUUCCACAUUUACGAGCUACCCGGUUCAGCGCUGCCACACGAAAUGCCAGGCUCGACAUACCAUCCGCAAGAGCUUCAAGGCUCAUCCCCACGACCAAAGUCAACACGCAAUUUACAUGGCAAAGGGCCAGGGGAUGUCGAAGUUUUGGAAGCAGCUUAUAUCACGGCAAAAUCACUGGCAGCUGAUCACAUCAAGGAGAUUAGCGAAAUAGCACCGAGAGAAAAGCGAAAACCAAAGAGGUGA